UUUCAUACCAUAUAAGAGAUUAUUUAUCAGAUGUCACAGAGGUCACCAUUUAAACCUAUUUCUUUCGUUUCUGAAGCAGCAGUUCUGAGUUUUAUAGCACCGAAUAUGUAUAAAAUCCUUCCAAAAACCCAUACCGAUGGUUCUGAAUUUCCCAUCUCUGAAAGCACAUCUAGGGCUACUAUUCCAUUGGAGUUCCUCUGUGAGGCUGUGUUUGCAGGAGAUGGUUUCUGGGGUCUUGAAGCUGCAUUUGGGCGUGUAGAUGGAGUUGUGAAAACUGCUACUGGCUAUUGUGGAGGAACCCUGAAGAAGCCUUCGUACAAAGAGGUAUGUGAAGGAAGAACAGGCCACACUGAAGCAGUAAAAGUCAUGUAUGAUAAGAGAAAAAUUUCAUACAAAUCUCUAUGUGAUGCUUUCUGGGAAGCCCAUGAUCCCACCAACAAAGAAUUUCUCAAUUUUGGGCUAAGCACACACCACAGAUCUGCCAUAUUUUACGUGAAUGAGGAACAAAAGAAGCAAGCACAGGAGUCAAAGAUCAGGAGGCAGAUGAAGCUUAAUAGGAGGAUAGUAACAAAAAUCAUAGCAUUGGAUUCAGAGUUUUUCGUGGCGGAGAACCUACAUCAGAAGUAUUAUUUGCAGAAGAGUUACAGGGUGUGUGAAAGCUUGAGCCUGAGAAGCACAGAGCAAUUUGUGGAGUCAAACAUAGCUUGCAAGCUCAACGGGAUAUUAGGAAUGGAAGCAAGAGUAAUUAUUGAUGAGUUGACAACAUUUUUGGGAAGCCACGAGGUGUCGAGUCAGACCAAGUUGGCAUGUGGAGAAAUAAUCGAAGACUUACGAAGAAAUGAUGGAGAGAGAAUACUUAAAUUCUGUGAAGAUUAAAAGCAAGAUGCAUUUGUGAGAUCAACCUUGAGUUCAUGUGAUGUGAUGGGACUACAUUUCAUAUUGAGAAGAAACAAUUCUAAAGUCCAAACCGACCAUUUUCUCUCCCACCUUGUGAGAUUAAAAGCAAGAUGCAAAUAGAAUGUUGAAAGAUUUUGGUGAGGAAGGGAGGAAAAGGUAAAGCAAAAUCAAAAUCAGAUAUGUCCAUAUAUUAAUAUUGUAUGU